AUGUGCAGCUCCCGCACCACUAUAUAAAGAUGAGGAUGAACUCUGUGGCUUUGAGUCACCAUAACUGUGACACUCACUCCUUUGCGCUUCACCAGACACAGAGCAACCGCCAGCCCCAAGAGCAGCUCCAGGCUGGAUCUGCGCCAGACACAGGAGAAAGCAGCGGGCAGGCUGAGCAGGGGUGCUGAGGAUGGAGGAAAGCUGGGAGGCUGAGCACAGCUGAAGUCCUGAGCUCCCUGUGCCGUUGACUUCUCUGUGGGCUCGAGCAAGGACCAUCCCAACUCAGGAUGAACCCUCCUUCGGGACCAAGAGUCCCGCCGAGCCCAACCCAGGAGCCCAGCUGCAUGGCCACCCCAGCCCCACCCAGCAGGUGGGACAGCUCCCAGAGCAGCAUCUCCAGCCUGGGCCAGCUUCCGUCCGUCAGUCCCACGGCAGCUGGGACUUGGGCUGCUGCCUGGGUCCCCUUCCCCACGGUUGAUGUUCCAGAUCAUGCCCACUAUACUCUGGGCACAGUGAUCUUGCUGGUGGGACUCACGGGGAUGCUGGGCAACCUGACGGUCAUCUAUACUUUCUGCAGGAGCAGAGGCCUCCGGACACCUGCCAACAUGUUCAUUAUCAACCUCGCCAUCAGCGACUUCCUCAUGUCCUUCACCCAGGCCCCUGUCUUCUUCGCCAGCAGCCUCUAUAAGCACUGGCUCUUUGGGGAGACAGGCUGCGAGUUCUAUGCCUUCUGUGGGGCUCUCUUUGGCAUCUCCUCCAUGAUCACCCUGACGGCCAUCGCCCUGGACCGCUACCUGGUAAUCACACGCCCGCUGGCCACCAUUGGUGUGGCGUCCAAGAGGCGCGCGGCAUUUGUCCUGCUGGGCGUUUGGCUCUAUGCCCUGGCCUGGAGUCUGCCACCCUUCUUUGGCUGGAGUGCCUAUGUGCCCGAGGGGUUGCUGACAUCCUGCUCCUGGGACUACAUGAGCUUCACACCGGCUGUGCGUGCCUACACCAUGCUUCUCUGCUGCUUCGUGUUCUUCCUCCCUCUGCUUAUCAUCAUCUACUGCUACAUCUUCAUCUUCAGGGCCAUCCGGGAGACAGGACAGGCUCUCCAGACCUUCGGGGCCUGCAAGGGCAGUGGCGAGUCCCUGUGGCAGCGGCAGCGGCUGCAGAGCGAGUGCAAGAUGGCCAAGAUCAUGCUGCUGGUCAUCCUCCUCUUCGUGCUCUCCUGGGCUCCCUAUUCUGCUGUGGCCCUGGUGGCCUUUGCUGGGUACGCACAUGUCCUGACACCCUACAUGAGCUCGGUGCCAGCCGUCAUCGCCAAGGCCUCUGCAAUCCACAACCCCAUCAUUUACGCCAUCACCCACCCCAAGUACAGGGUGGCAAUUGCCCAGCACCUGCCCUGCCUGGGGGUGCUGCUGGGUGUAUCACGCCGGCACAGUCACCCCUACCCCAGCUACCGCUCCACCCACCGCUCCACGCUGAUCAGCCAUACCUCCAACCUCAGCUGGAUCUCUGGACGGAGGCGCCAGGAGUCCCUGGGCUCAGAGAGUGAGGUGGGCUGGACACACAUGGAGGCAGCAGCUGUGUGGGGAGCCGCCCAGCAAGCGAAUGGGCGGUCCCUCUACGGUCAGGGUCUGGAGGACUUGGAAGCCAAGGCGCCCCCCAGACCCCAGGGACAGGAAGCAGAGACUCCAGGGAAGGUGACUGGGCCCGGUACCUGCCAAUCCGUAAAGGGGUGGGGAUUAGGGGUCAAUAGCCCAGGGAGAGGCCAAGAAAGGGAGACUUGUUCUCUUGGGCAGGGGCAAUGCCCUCCAGGAAUCACCUGCUCCCAGCACCUCUCGGCUUUUCCUUGUCUGCCUGGGGGUCUCUAUGACUCUGAGAUGCUCUGAGCAAGGCUUGCAUGUGGUCUGCGUGUGUGUAUGUGUGUGUGAUCAUGCAACUCUGACUCUGCACGGUGCUGUUGGUUGUGCUGUGCCAUGAUAAGUGUACAUGUGUGUGUUGAUAAGACUAGGAGGUCUGCAGCCGGCAGAACAUAGCUCGAGCAUGUGUGUGGCCAUGUGCCCAGCACAUGCUCUGUCACUGUAACACCCAGUGACACGUGACAGAGCAUGCCCCAAUGUGUCUGCUUUAAGCUGUGCAUAUGAGUGAGUGUGGGUGGUGUGUGCCUCUCUGUGUGACUGCAAGGUUGGACAUACCUGCGGAGGAAGGGGCUGCAAGCUGUGGAUGUGCUCACCAUGAAUGCCCUGAGAUCAGGAUGUCACCCAGAAUACUUGUGGCUAUUAAAAGAAGGCCAGCUGUCGGCCCCAAGUGCCUAUGGAACGGAAUGUCGAUGGCGAUUAGAGAAGGCCAUAUUCUAGAACACUGGAAAUGUCGUGUGCACAGGCUCCCAAGCAGCCCUUCACCCCAGCUGACAGCUCCCCAUCUGCCCCUCCUGUCACACCCACACAACACCCCCAGCUCGGCUCCUGGGCUCUCUGGCUUCCCUAGCUAGUCCAAGGCCAAAGGCACAUUCCUGCCUUCCUUCCUUCCUGAGUGCUGUGUCCCUGUGCAUCCAAGAACAAAAGUCCUGGGCUGUACCUGCAGUUGGGUAGCCUCAGCCUCUCUCAGCAUUCCCCCUGGGGGCACCGCCCCCUGUCCUGGAGCCCAGGCACUGUGCAUGCCAUAAAUGCCAGGACAAAGUCCUGGCAGUGACCCCCAGGCUGGCC